CCUUUACAUUAUUAUCUGUUUUUUCCCUUUUUUUUGGAAAUUUUUCCGGCUUUUACCGCUAUCAGGAUUACAAUGCUCCCCGCAGCCGAUCGCCGCCUGGAUUGAACAGCAAAUAACCUGAGCACCCGACUUCAAAGAGCAAGUCUGCCCCAGAAUCCGGACAGGAUGAUGAGCAAUAAGGAGAAAGGCACCGAGGAUGAGGGUGGCUCAGCCCACAGCAAUGUAUCCAGUCAUUCGGCCUCAGAAGAGUCUAAUCACUCCGCGUCAGAAUCAGGCAGCCAAUCAGAAAGCGAGCAAGCAAGUGAGCAGGCAAGUGAGCAGGCCAGUGAAUCCAAUAGCAGCUCUGUGUCUUCAGAGAGUCAGUCUGAAUCAGAAUGCGACUCUGCAGGCUCCAAAACCCAGGAUGCAGCAACCGAUACAAAACAGAAGAAUCUUCCCAAAAAGGAGAGAUUGGCGGAUGUGAAAAAGAUGUGGGAGGAAUACCCUGAUGUAUAUGGAGUUAGAAGGUCCAACCGGAGUAGACAAGAGCCAUCGAGGUUUAAUACUAAAGCAGAGAGCAUGGAUUCUGAAAGUGAAAGCCCUAGGAGAAGAAGCCUUAGAAGCACCCGCAAGAAGGGUUCAUCCAUGGCUGGUUGGAGGAAUCAGAAAAGGCCUCAGCGUGGAAAGAAGAGGAGGACAGAAUCCUCAGAUGAUGAUGACGACGAUGAUGACGAUGAUGAUGACACGCCUAAAAGGCAAACAAGACGCAGAGUAGCUAAAAAAGUUAGCUGCAAAGAGGAUGAUGACUUUGAAACAGAUUCUGAUGAUCUGAUAGAAAUGGCUGGGGAGGAAGUAGAUGAACAAGAAGAUAACAAUGAAACUAUAGAGAAAGUAAUGGACUCCAGGACUGGAAAGAAAGGAGCAAUUGGAGCCUCAACAACUGUAUAUGCUACAGAAGCCAAUGGGGAUCCAUGUGCUGACUUUAAUCCAGAAACAGAUGAAGCAGAGCAACAGUUCCUCAUCAAAUGGAAAGGCUGGUCUUACAUUCACAGCACAUGGGAGAGUGAAGAGUCCCUCCAGCAGCAGAAGGUGAAAGGCCUGAAGAAACUGGAGAACUUUAAGAAGAAGGAUGACGAAAUUAAGCAAUGGCUAUCAAAAGUUUCCCCUGAAGAUGUAGAGUAUUAUAACUGCCAGCAGGAACUAGCAGGAGAACUGAAUAAGCAGUAUCAAAUCGUUGAGAGGGUCAUAGCUGUCAAGACUGGUAAAUCUGCUACUGGACAUUCUGACGUUCCAGUCCGCAGCCGGAAAAACUCCACCUCCAAUGAACCAGAGUACCUGUGCAAGUGGAUGGGUCUCCCCUAUGCCGAGUCCAGUUGGGAAGACGGAGCCCUCGUUGGGAAGAAAUUCCAGCACUGCAUUGACAGCUUCAACAACCGUGAAAACUCAAAAAACACUCCAGUGAAAGACUGCAAGAUCCUGAGACAAAGACCCCGGUUUGUGACAUUGAAGAAACAGCCUUCUUACAUUGGAGGUGAAGGGCUUGAGCUCCGGGACUAUCAGCUGGAGGGUCUGAACUGGCUGGCUCACUCGUGGUGCAAGAACAACAGUGUUAUCCUUGCUGAUGAGAUGGGCUUGGGAAAGACUAUUCAGACCAUUUCCUUCCUUUCAUACCUGUUUUACCAGCAUUUUUUAUAUGGCCCAUUUUUGUUGGUGGUGCCAUUAUCUACUCUGACUUCCUGGCAGCGAGAAUUUGAGGCGUGGGCGCCUGAAAUUAAUGUGGUGGUUUAUAUAGGAGACGUUGGGAGCAGAAACACAAUACGAGAGUAUGAAUGGGUUCACCAGCAGAGCAAGAAAAUGAAGUUUAACGCACUACUGACAACCUAUGAAAUUUUACUGAAGGACAAGGCUGUGUUGAGCAGUAUUAAUUGGACUUUUCUUGGAGUUGAUGAAGCUCAUCGGUUGAAGAAUGAUGAUUCUUUGCUCUAUAAGACCCUUAUAGACUUCAAGUCCAACCACAGACUGCUGAUCACUGGGACUCCUCUCCAGAAUUCACUGAAGGAACUGUGGUCACUGCUGCACUUUAUUAUGCCAGAAAAGUUUGAGUAUUGGGAGGACUUUGAGGAGGACCAUGGCAAAGGGAGAGAAAAUGGUUAUCACGGCCUUCACAAAGUCCUGGAACCAUUUCUACUGCGAAGAGUCAAGAAGGAUGUUGAGAAAUCUUUACCAGCUAAAGUGGAGCAAAUCCUGCGAGUGGAGAUGUGUGCACUACAGAAACAGUAUUACAAGUGGAUUUUAACCAGAAACUAUAAAGCAUUGCAAAAAGGCACAAAGGGCAGCACAUCUGGAUUCCUCAAUAUUGUAAUGGAACUGAAGAAGUGCUGCAAUCACUGUUUUCUCAUUAAGCUACCAGAUGAGUUAGAGAAACAAAGCAGACUAGAUGGACUGCAGGCAUUGAUCAGGAGCAGUGGAAAGCUUGUUCUGCUGGACAAAUUGUUGACACGACUGCGCGAAAGAGGAAACCGCGUGCUUAUCUUUUCUCAGAUGGUGCGCAUGUUGGACAUCUUGGCAGAGUACUUCACCAUAAAGCACUACCCAUUUCAGAGACUCGAUGGUUCAAUUAAGGGAGAGAUUCGUAAGCAAGCGCUGGAUCACUUUAAUGCCGAAGGCUCAGAGGAUUUUUGUUUUUUGCUUUCUACUCGUGCUGGUGGGCUUGGGAUAAAUUUGGCAUCUGCUGACACAGUAGUCAUCUUCGAUUCAGACUGGAAUCCUCAGAAUGACUUGCAAGCUCAGGCUAGAGCUCACAGGAUUGGCCAGAAGAAGCAGGUAAACAUUUAUCGGCUUGUUACUAGGGGCUCUGUCGAGGAGGAGAUUAUAGAACGGGCAAAGAAAAAAAUGGUUCUUGAUCAUCUUGUAAUCCAGCGAAUGGACACCACUGGUCGAACGGUGCUGGAAAACAACUCUGGAAGUUCAAAUUCCAAUCCAUUUAACAAAGAUGAAUUGGCGGCGAUUUUAAAGUUCGGAGCAGCAGACCUCUUUAAGGAACCUGAAGGAGAGGAAUCAGAACCUCAGGAAAUGGACAUUGAUGAGAUUUUACGGCUGGCAGAGACCAGAGAGAAUGAGCCAAGCUCCAGUGCCACUGAUGAGUUGCUUUCUCAGUUUAAGGUGGCUAACUUUGCAACUAUGGAAGAAGAACCUGAACUGGAAAACCGAGUCCAAAAAGAUUGGGAUGAUAUUAUUCCUGAGGACCAGAGGAAGAAGAUAGAAGAAGAGGCGCGUCAGAAAGAGCUGGAAGAGAUUUACAUGCUUCCCAGGAUUCGAAGUUUGAACAAAAAGGCACAGGCAAAUGACAGUGAGUCUGACCUGGAAUCGAAACAGAAGGCCCAAAGGUCCUCUGGGUCAGACAGUGAAACUGAUGACUCUGACGAUGAUAGAAAACCCAAGCGCAGAGGCCGUCCUCGCAGUGUUCGGAAAGACACAGUGGAGGGAUUUACAGAUGUAGAGAUACGCAGGUUUAUCAAAGCCUACAAGAAGUUUCCGACUCCACUUGAAAGGCUGGAAUGCAUUGCACGUGAUGCAGAGCUUGUUGAAAAGUCGGUGGCGGAUCUAAAGAGACUGGGAGAGUUACUGCACUCUAGCUGCACAUCAGCGAUGCAAGAGUUUGAGGAGCAGUUGAAAGAGAAUCCAACUGAUGGGAAAGGUCCAGGCAAGAGACGAGGUCCAACUAUAAAAAUUUCUGGUGUCCAAGUAAAUGUGAAAGCAAUUAUUCAACAUGAAGAAGACUUUGAGAUUCUCAACAAAGCCAUUCCUAAAGAUGCAGAAGAAAAGAAAAAGUUCAGAUUGUCCAGUCGGAUCAAAGUUGCUCAUUUUGAUGUUGAUUGGACUGUAGAAGAAGAUUCUCGAUUACUUCUGGGAAUUGUUGAACAUGGUUAUGGAAACUGGGAGCUCAUCAAAAGUGACCCAGAAUUACAGUUGGCUGAUAAGAUCUUGCCAGUGGAAACAGAGAAGAAACCACAAGCGAAACACUUGCAGACCAGAGCAGACUAUCUGCUGAAAAUUCUGAAAAAAGAAAUGGAGAAAAAGGAGAGUGGUCAGAGCGAUGAGGUAAAGGUAAAGAAAAGGCGGCCACGUGUGAAGAAAGAGGGGGCAGGCAAAGCUAAAGAUGAGCAUGGCAAAGAAAUCUCUUCUCCCAGAAAUUCUGACAACCAUUCAGAAGAUGGCGACAACAAGGAGGAUGGCUCACUAAAGAGUCCAAGCAAGAAAAAGCAAAAGAAAAAAGAUAACAAAGAAAAUAAGGAUAAACAGAACCAAAAAAAGGAUGCAGCCAAAGAAAAGAAGAAGGCAAAGGACAAGCCAAAGCGGGGUGAAGGCAAGUCUGGUAGCCGGAGCAAAAAGAACCAGGGACCAGUCCACAUUACAGCAGGAAAUGAGCCAGUUCCCAUUGGAGAGGAAGAAGAUGAUGACUUGGACCAGGAAACAUUCAGUAUUUGCAAGGAGAGGAUGAGGCCAGUAAAAAAAGCUCUGAAGCAGCUGGAUAAACCGGACAAAGGUCUGGCUGUUCCGGAGCAGCUGGAACACACUCGGACCUGCUUGCUAAAAAUUGGAGACCGCAUAUCUGAGUGCCUUAAAUCUUACACUGAUCAGGAACAUACCAAGUUGUGGAGAAGAAAUCUCUGGAUAUUUGUCUCCAAAUUCACUGAAUUUGAUGCCAGGAAGUUGCACAAGUUGUACAAAAUGGCAGAUAAAAAGAGGUCCCAGGAAGAAGACGAACAUAAGAAGAAGGAUGGGCCUCCUAACAAGAAGCUUUUCCGACAAGAAGCAUCUGGAUCCAGCCGUGACGAUCUUGCCUCACAGCAACACGGACUCCAUAUGCAGCAUAAUAUGCCACCACAUCCGCCACAGAUGCAUGGGCACCAAAGAGAAAACUAUGACAGCCCUAAUAAGAGACCAUUUAAUAAUUCAGAUCGAGGUGAGUGGAGGGAACGGCAAUUUAACUAUGGAGGCAAUAGUAAUAAUAACCAGCCAUGGGGAGGAGACCGCCAUCACCAGUAUGAUCAACACCGAUACAAAGAUCACCACUAUUCUGAUCGACGUCCUCAUGGUGAUCCUCGGAGGAAUUCUGCAAACUACAGGCCAAACCCUCCAGCCCGCAAGCGGCCUUAUGACCAGUAUAACAAUGAACGAGACCAUCGUGGUCACAGGGAAUAUUAUGACAGACAUCAUCAUGACAACAAGAGGAGAAGAUCAGAUGAAUUUCGUCCUCAAGGUUACCAUCAGCAGGACUUCAGAAGAAUGGGGUCUGAUCACCGGCCCCCAAUGGGAUUUCAUGGACAAGGACCUUCAGAUCAUUACCGCUCAUUCCAUCCAGAAAAACCCGGGGACUACAAAGGUCCUUCCCAGCAGUCCUCUACCCUCUCAGAUCCUCGUUCUCCACCUAUUCAAAGAUCCCCUCACGAAUCCAAAUCCCCCAUGGACAGAUCAAUAGAACAGAGAAGUACAGACUACAAUUGGAACAGUCGAAAAACAUAGGACACCUGACCUUAGGAUCUAACGAAAGCCCACAAUGGCCAUUUACUUAAAGUGGUCCUUGCUGCUAUAGACUAAGCUCAUUUUGAGAAUUAUGGGUUCUGGAUAACCCACCAUAAUGCAUAUAUAUGGCAUUUUUCUAGCACCUGUGCCAUUUGUGUGAAUCCAUCAGAUGUUUCUAUCUCACAUACACUUGUUGAACAUUUUAUAUCAUUUCAAGUAUUUCCCCCUUCUGAUAUUUUGGCAGGAACUUGGAGAAGUAAAAAUCCUUUCCGGAAGAAUGGGCACUGUGAGCAUGGUCACUUUGUAAUUUCAAGGCCUUUGAAAUGAUGGACUCUUGUGCAGCUGAUGUGGCUCAGAUGCUAAGGUGUUUGGUCAGAGCUGCAGGCACAA